CGAUAAUGUCUGCUGGAGAGAAGUAUUGGGGGAUCCCUGAGAACCGAGGCUGGGGGCAAAUGGCCGGGGAGGCGCAGGGACCGUGCUUCGGCCUUUACUGCGGGAAACCCGUCGUUGCUGUAAACGGAACGACUGAAAUAUACGGAGACUGCGGGGUUUGCCCGCGAGGUCAGAGGACCAACAUUACCACCAAGAUCUGCCGGCUGUGUACGGAGUCUCCCGAGCUGUACGACUGGCUUUACCUGGGCUUCAUGGCCAUGCUGCCCUUAGUCCUGCACUGGUUCUUUAUCGAGUGGUAUUCAGGGAAAAAGAGCUCCAGCGCUCUGUUCCAGCACAUCACGGCCCUGUUUGAAUGCACGGCGGCUGCCCUGGUCACCCUGCUUCUGAGCGACCCGAUUGGGUAUCUGCACAUCCGCUCCUGCCGGGUACAGAUGCUGUCGGACUGGUACACCAUGCUUUAUAACCCCAGCCCGGACUACGUCAAUACCUUGCACUGUACCCACGAGGCUGUCUACCCGCUAUACACCAUAGUGUUUAUUUACUACGCGUUCUGCUUGGUGUUGAUGAUGCUCCUGCGGCCCCUGCUGAUUAAGAAGAUUGCCUGCGGACUAGGGAAAUCCGACCGCUUUAAAAGCAUCUACGCAGCCCUCUACUUCUUCCCGAUCCUGACUGUGAUCCAGGCCGUAGGGGGCGGCUUGCUGUACUAUGCCUUCCCGUACAUCGUCCUGGUAUUAUCCUUGAUAACCCUGGCUGUGUAUAUGUCUGCGUCCGAGAUCGAGUCCUUUAAGGAUCUCCUGGUGAGGAAGAAACGCCUCGUCGUCCUCCUGAGCCACUGGUUGAUUCACGCUUACGGGAUCAUCUCCAUUUCCAGAAUGGACAGGCUAGAACGGGACUUGCCUCUCCUGGCUCUGGUUCCGGGUCCUACGCUCUUCUACCUCCUCACCGCCAAGUUUACCGACCCGUCUCGGAUCCGUUUAGAAGAAGGCAGCGGCCAUUAGCCGGAACCCCAGCACGGACUACCAGAGGAUUUACAAAAAAUACAAA